AUGUCAAUGGGACGGGCCAAUAUAGGUAGGAAACUAUUUUCAUGUCAGAAAAAACUUGAUACGAAAUGCUCCAUCAAAGUAAAUUCGUAUAUUCGAGAGACGUCUCAAUACCGUAUAGCAUUUCAACUAGAAGUUUUAAAUGGAAUCAAACCACGACCAAAAAAUCCUAAUGAAUGUGAUGAUUCUUUUAUUAAAAACUAUAAGAAUUCUUGGGAACAACAAUGUAAAACGACGAGCCGUUUCUAUUUGGGGAUAGAGUGUACAAUGAUAACAAUAAUUUUUACAUUACCUGAAAUUAACUGAGUUACUACACAAUACAGCUUAUAAUCUUUAUAUAUUUUUUUUUAUUUUUAGUGAAGCGUGUAUCGUUGUAAAUGAUAUAAUCUGGAUUUCGUCUUCAAUUCAGUUAUUUAUGCAGAUAAAUAUACAACUGAUAAUAGCUUUAUUCUGUGUUUUCUUGUGUUUAUUUAAAAUGUAAGUCGUUCCGUGCCUUAAGUCGUGGCCACGUAAGAUUUCCAAAUCGUACUGGUACUAUUUAAGGAAUUACUCUCGCUAUUAUUAACAUUUAUCUGCGGAAUGUCUUAAGAUAAUACAUUCAACAACAUAUAAUAUUGCUUUCAUUUUGAUUUUCUUCUUUGUUUAAUUAUAUUGCUUAAUACAUGUUGAAACGAAUUUAUAAUAAAAGAAAUAAGAUACGGACGAGGCAUUAAGUAUUAUGCAGUGACAUGUCGUAUUAAUUAAGCAUUUAAUAAAGCACGCAGACAAUAUAAAAUCCCUAAAUCAACUGUACGACGUCAUCGUCGAGAAUUAAAUAAGAAAAUCAAAUUCGGAAGUCUAAAGGUCUGACUAAAAAUAUGGAGAAAGAGUUAAUUCAACAUGUUUUUAGUUUAGAAUCAUGUUUCUUUGAUCUUACUGCAGCUGAUCUAUAAAAACUGGCUCUUCAAUUGGAGGAAAAAUAUAAAUUACUACAUCGUUUUAACACAGAAAAAAGAAGUGCAGGAAAAAAUGAUACUAUAAGUUCAUGAAAGAUAACCCUUCCUUGUCUUUACACACUCCAAAAGCAACCUUAAUUAAUGGAAAGAGCAGAAAAUAAAAGAAAAUGAGCAGUUGUUAGGUACAAACAAUGAAAGUUUAAAAGAUAAAACAAAU